AACCUGACCCUGAACCUGAGCCUGAUCUUCGAGGUACAGGGAAAAGAGACGGAUCCUGCUGAAGAGGAGAAUGUUUGCUGGAGAUUACUAGGAAUAGAUCAUCGAUCUAAAGGGACCGUCAUGAUGGCUAGCAGCUAGCGGCGCUUACCGGUCAGUGGCUAGCAUCUCGCUCUCCCACCAACUGGACAAGAUGGAUGCAACUCCCCAUUGACUUGCUUCGGGGUGGGGAAUGUCUGCUCUAGACUCACAAGCAUCCCAGCAUGCAUUCCUGCAGGGCGGUAUUACAUUUUCAAUCGGGCGCGGUUCACUCUGAUCCCAUCCCACCGCAAAGCCGGUGGAUUUGGUAUCGCCGUCCCCGCCCACGGCGCCAACUCGUCCACCGCCAUCUGUGCCACAAUGUCGGGACGGAGAAAAACCCCUGUCAGCGUCCGACCAAACCCUUCAUCUUUCUUUUGUUCUUUCUUUUCUUUCUAAUUUCUUUCUCUUUCUCUUCAUUUAUCCCCUUCUUUCCUUUUUCCCUCAUCAAAAUGGAAUGUCACCGUUACUUGCCAAUGCACCAGCAGGUUCAGACCGUUUCCCACUUUGGGAACCAUCUGCACUGGUCCAUCUUUCGGCCUGAACAGGACUGUGUAGCUGAACCUUAUCAGGGUCCGGGGGAUUUACCUGUUUCUGGCCCCGCUGCCUGCCGCUGAUCAGUGUAUUUCUCAUUUCUUGGCGUAUCCUCUGUUUUUCGUGCCGAAUGGCGAUACCCGGCCUUAUGCUUUUC